AUGUCUUCCGACCUUCUGGCUUGGGGUGUCCCCCGCCUCGCACAGCUUCUCCCUCUGGAUGAUGAAUCUCUUACACAAAUCAUCACGUAUUCUGCGGGCCUGUCUAAAGAGGCAAGUGCGGAACAUUUGAAGAACCUGCUGGGUGAUUCUCCUGCAGCGCUCGAGUUUAUUGCGUCAUUCAACUCGCGACGGGAUACGUCGCUCAACACUAAUAACGGUGGUUCGAAUGAGAAGAGUGGCGCAAAGAAGAAUAAGAAGUACAAGCCUCCCUUGCAUAGUGCGGGGCCUCUGCGUCAACCGGAGGGCUAUGGGAAUGUAGCGGGUGGUUAUGUUAAAGCUAGCAAAGAGGAGGAAUACAUGUCCGCUUCGUCCUCGCGGGAACGCAACAGGAAGGACAAGGCUGGCCCGUCAGCGUCGACAUCGAAGACGCAGUUGCUUUACAGUGAACCGGCUGCUCUUCAAGUACCACAGAGUAAUACAUCUCCGUAUACUUCCUCCGCUGGCUCGUCACGAAAUCAAUCUCCCGCUUCAUCUAAACAGACAACGAGGAAUCCUCCGACUUCGGCGGGACCAUUAAUAUCAGACUUCCUACCGAAUGUGAAGUCGAAAUCCUCCAAGUCGACGUCUCGACAGGCAGCAUCAGGGACUUCAAUGCCAUCAUCGAAGGGUUCGGUGACUACCAACAACAUUGCCGAUUUGACCGCAGCAAUUGCUGCUUUGGAGAUAUCUACGAAUCCUACUCUAGGCCAGGAGGGACGGAAAUGCAACUGUUAUGCCUCCUUUCAUCCGCUGUUUACGCCAGCUCCCAACUGUCUCAACUGUGGGAAAAUAAUAUGUUCUCUCGAGGGGCUUCAACCGUGCUCAUUCUGCGGCACACCGCUCCUGUCUAGCGACGAGGUGCAAAACAUGAUCCGGGAAUUACGAGCAGAGCGUGGCCAAGAGAAGAUGCGAGCACACAAUGAAAGUGUGCAGCGUGAUGGUGGACCGGGGCCUGCAGGAUCAUUGCCUGCAAACGAUAAGCUUGACGCUGCCAGGGCUCAUCGUGACAGGCUCCUUCAGUUUCAGGCACAGAAUGCUCGCCGAACACGGGUUGUGGAUGAAGCUGCUGAUUUCGAGACACCUAACGUGGCAUCUACGUUAUGGAUGAGUCCCGCGCAACGCGCACUAGCGUUGAAGAAACAGCAGCGGAUUCAGCGGGAGAUAGAGGAAAAGGCACGACCGGAGUGGGAGAAGAAGAAGACCCUUAUGAGUUUGGAUAUCAAAGGCGGCAGGAUAACCAGGGUAUAUCACACUGCUACUGGUCCUGCGGAGCAGAGUUCAAGCAGGGAGAACGAGGUGGAAGAUGCGGAGGAGGAAGAACUUCGGGAUGCUGAGACGACGUCGUCAAAACCUAGCGGUGGUGAGGCGUUUAGCAAGAACCCUCUUCUCGCAGCAGGUGGCCUGUUUCGGCCUAUCUGGAAAGCACCGGAGGGGAAACAAUCAGAUCGGACCACAGGAAACGAGAAAGAGGGAAAACAAACCUGGCGACGAGUUCAAGAUGACAGGGAUGAUAAUGAGCAGUGGAUUCUCGAUGGAGGGUUACAUGGGUACACCACAUAG